GGCUUUCCGUACUGUUUACAUCCGCUGCAGCCAAUAUGGUGUCCUGUGGUUAGCCUGUUAACUUUAAACAGACGCUUCGUUUCAGGUUCAUAUUUAACAAGUUUUCCUGGCAUAAUAUAAUAUUAUAUAAUAUCACAGUAUUUGACACUUGUGGGUUCGGUGUAUCUUUUGGAGAAUGGUCUUUUCUUACGUACACUUCUUGCUGCUAACGCGGCCGGCUAAGCGUUAGCUCGGUCCUGCAGGCAGCCGCUCGGCUCGGCGCUCGGGUUAUCUGUGAGCCAUGACGGAGGUGGAGGAGCUGCGACCCGUGCCCCGAGAGCGGGCCAUCCUGGAGAGCUUCUUCGCCCAGCUCGGCAUGUUUUCCUUCGACCGAGCCAAGGACUACGUGGAGCGGGAGAAGGACGGUAGCAGGAGCGCCGGCGGCAUCUGGAGCGCGCUGCUGGCCGCGCUGGCUCACCUGGCCGCGGCGGAGAAGGUGUACCACAACUUGACGUUCCUGGGACAAAAAAUAGGUGGCCAGUCAUUCUUCAGCCGGAAGGACUCCAUCCGCACCAUCUACAGCUCUCUGUACAACGAGCUCCGGAAGGUGGUGAUGAUGGGGCGCCACGGCCAGCCGGGCUCCUCCUCCUACCUGGAGGACCUGCUGUCGCACCUUUCGGAGCAGCUCUGCCACUUCACGCAGGCCCGCAUGGAGAUGGCCGACCUGUACGAGAAAAUGCACUCGCUGGGCAGCCAGAAGAACGUCAACUCAGAGGAGCUGGUCGCCACGCUCGAUGUCGUCUUGCAGAAAUACAGCUCCAAGUUUCACCACCCCAUCGUCGGCAGGGUGGAAGAGGGCUUCCAGACGGAGGUGGACGUGGUGACCCAGCUGCUGCGUUGCCAGGCGCAGUUGUCAGAGUGGCAUUUCCUCCCCGCCCUGCUCAGCCUGCACGGCGCCAACUCCAAGCUCAUCGCCUGGGGUCAGCUGUUCCAGCGGCAGAAAGAGACCCGCAAGCAUCUGUUUGGAGGUCAGUCUCAGAAGGCCGUGCAGCCUCCGCACCUCUACGUGUGGCUGCAACGCUUCCAGGCGGUGCUCCUCGCCAAGUUCAGCUUCUACUUCCAUGAAGCACUGAGCAAGCAGUCGGUCCCAAACGACAUGAGGACACUGACCGCCCGCACCACGCCAGACUACUACGGCAAGAUCUCCUCCUUCAUACGCAGACACGACGCCAGCAACAUGUCGCUGGUGUUUGACAACCGUGGCUCGGAGAGCUUCCAGGGUCACGGCUACCACCACCCGCACUCGUACCGAGAAGCACCGAAAGGCGUGGAGCAAUUCCCCGCUGUGGUGUCGCUGCCCUCUGGAGAGAGACCGCUCACGCACUGGCCGAACGUCAUCAUGAUGAUGGGAGACCGCGCGGCUGAGCUCAACACUCUAGACAAAGUGGUGCACUUCUACGACGACAAGGUCCAGAGCACGUACUACUUGACGCGGCCAGAGCCGCACUUCACGCUGGUUGUCAUCUUUGACGGCAGGAAGUCGGAGAAGGACCAGAACAUCACCGGCUUUCUACAGGAGAUUUCAGGCUCUCUUCGGAACUCCAAACCCUUCAGCACCCUCAAACCCGGCUCGAAGGGCUGAGCUGGACGUGAACUCGACUCCAAAAGGGAAACUAGGAGCCGAACAUGAUAAAAUACUAAAUUUUAAACGGCCAUGAGUUUUCACGUGUCCAGCUGGUGCUCGAUGUAGAAAUCCUUUGUGCUGCUUUGAAUCUUAAUUUCCCAAAAGUUCCAGACCAAAGAGAUUUUUGGAGCUGUGAAUUAAUUUUUCCAGCUGAUUCUUUGUCCACGUCAGUAUGACCAACACAGUGCUGCUCGUGCUUAAAGCCUUUCUGUGAAAUGUUAAUUAUUUGGCAUCAGUUGCUGUUUUAACAGGUUUAUUUUUUAAAUGAUCAUACCUUACAUUUGUUGUGCUUAAUCCAGUUUAA